AUGAAGACGCCACCGCCGCCGUCGUUUCUUCGACUGCUCGUCCUGAUCGCGUCCAUCACCGCGGCGAUCGCGGACGCGCCUUCGGCGUACGAACUGCUGGAGCGCUACGACUUCCCGCGGGGCCUGCUACCGGAGGGGGUGCAGAGCUACCUGCUGCGGAGCGACGGCAGCUUCGACGUCUACCUGGGCGGCAGCGCCGACUGCGAGUUCAUGCUGACGGGCGGCUACACGUUGCGCUACGGGGCGCGGGUGAGCGGGCGGGUGCAGCCGGGGAAGCUGACGGAGAUGAAGGGGGUGAGCGUCCGGGUGCUGUUCCUCUGGUUCGGGAUCGACCAGGUGGUGCGCGACGGCGACCACCUCGACUUCCACGUCGGCCUCCUCUCCGCCGCCUUCCCCGUAGAAAACUUCGACCAGUGCCCGCGGUGCGGAUGCGGGUUCGAUUGCCAAGACGGCGACGCCGGCGAGCGGCGGCCGCCGCCCCUUUCCGAGACCUGACGACAUAAUUCAUCCCCAUCUCUGCUUUUUCGAAAAUAUAAAAUAGAAAUUUCUGUAUAAAUGAUGCUUAUUGUAAUACAAAAACAAUCAAUUUGCUUAAA